AUGACCUUUUUGGUUUGUUAUGGUCAAGCAGUAGUAAAUUACUUUAAAAAAUUUAGUUUUUGGGUCAUGUCAACCGCAGAACAAUUAAAAUGCGCUAAAACAAUGGCAGAAGUACUACACAUUUUGAAUAUGUCUGAAUAUUUACCGCUAUUUGCCAAAGUAAAUAUUCUUCAGGCUUCUGCUUUGAAAUUGUUACGUGAAGCUGACCUCAAGUGUAUGGGCAUCGAUAGUUGUGGACGACAAAAACUUCUUCAAGCAAUUCAGUGCUUAGCAAAAAACAUACCAGUAAGGGUGACAGCUGAAGAAAGAACGAAUCAGAGAAUGCACUACAAUGCACACAUGUUGGAACCAAAACAAUACAAAGUAGACGACGAGAAGUUUUACCUACAAAAAGCAGAAGGUGAAUUAUCACGUUGCAAAGUAGAAUUGAAUCUUAAACGAAAUGAACUAGCUCGACUUCAAAAACAAGCUAGACUUGUCCGCGAAAUAAUUGAAAUUGCUGGAAAUACUCAAAAUCAUGCGCGAAAAGUAGUACAAAUAUGCAAGGAGUACAAUGGUAGUUCCAAUUUACAACAGUUGGCUAUUAAUUUGGAAUAUUUAUUAAAUGGCAUUUUGGUACAUGGCAGUAAAUUUAUCUCUGCUAAGCAAAAUUCAUCAUCAUCAUCUUUACCAGUUGCAUCAACGAGGAAUUCACAUUCAAAUCAUGCAAAUUACCGUCCUCAAACUAGACCACCAACAAAUGUUAACACUACAUUACCUUGCUAUCAUUCAAAUAAGCCAAAUUCCAGUCGAUGGUAUUCAAAGAUUUUGAAGCCCAGUACUACGCAACGUAGUAGACAGAUCAAUCGAGAUACCCACUUUUCUUACUACCGUCCUUCUACCUCACCUCUACGAAUACCAUCACCUCUUACUAUCAAUUACUGUCCAGAUAAUACAAAAUAUCAAAAAAUCGUACUACCCUUAUCAGCCCCAACAUCACCGCAGCUUGAACAUACAAAUUUUGUAGACGGACUUUUCUCCAAAUUUACAAGAAAUAAAACUUCGACACCUCACAAGCAACCACCCGCUCGACACAUCAACUCAUCACACCAAUCAUUUGUUCGUCAUUCACGUAAAAAGCACGUCUGUUGCAUUCUUACAAUUUUUCUAUACCAGUCAGAAAAUGUUGCUUUUAUCCUUAUCAAUUAUACCUUAGAAUUCGAUUUCUUGAUUAAGAUUUUUAAAAGUCUGUACCAGGUAAUGACACGCUUCAAAUCUAUAAAAUAUGAAAAAAUGUACUUGAAUUAGUA